GUGCUUAACUGUCGUAAAAGGGGGCGGGACGCACCGCCUUCGAACGGACGUAAAAUGGGCGGGACGCGCCGCACUAGGAACUGACGCAGAGGGGGCGCGCGUUGCUCUAGCCGGCGGCUGGCUGGGCUCCGGCGCCAUGGAGCGCUACACGGGCGCCUUCGAGGAGGCGGUAGAUGGGGCCCGGCAGCAGGAGCGGCACUACCAGCUGCUGUCCGCGCUGCAGAGCCUAGUGAAAGAGCUGCCCAGCUCCUUCCAGCAGCGCCUGUCCUACACCACGCUCAGCGACCUGGCCCUGGCGCUUCUCGACGGCACCGUGUUCGAGAUCGUGCAGGGGCUGCUGGAGAUCCAGCACCUCACAGAGAAGAGCCUGUACAACCAGCGCCUGCGGCUGCAGAAUGAGCACCGAGUGCUCAGGCAGGCGCUGCGACAGAAGCACCAGGAAGCCCAGCAGGCCUGCCGGCCCCACAACUUGCCUGUGCUCCAGGCAGCUCAGCAGCGUGAGCUGGAGGCAGUGGAGCACCGGAUCCGGGAGGAGCAGCGGGCAAUGGACCAGAAGAUUGUCCUAGAGCUGGACCGGAAGGUAGCCGACCAGCAGAGCACACUGGAGAAGGCUGGGGUUGCUGGCUUCUAUGUGACCACCAACCCACAGGAGCUGACGCUGCAGAUGAACCUGUUGGAGCUCAUCAGGAAGCUGCAGCAGAGGGGCCGCCAGGCGGGGAAGACAACCUUGUGACCAGGUGGGGUCUCUGCCAGUUACCUGCUGCCCGUCAUGGCUGAGAAGACAGCCCUGUUCCUGGCACCACAGGCAGCAGAAAGCUGAGCGGAACUUGUCUUCCAACACCUGGCCACCACCUUCCCAGUUGCCUGCAGGAGGGGUCGACCCUCUGAGGAGAGGCCAGAUGGACCCUGGCUGCACCUGCCACCCACCUUUGAUUUUUUUUUUUUUUUUUGUCCAAAGCUAGGACGGUGCGGGGAAGGGCAGAGCGGGUCCGUUCUGCUGGCCGCCCCAGAGUCGGGAGAGGGGGCUGGAGGUCCUAGGCACCUUCUCACUCCACUGGGCGCAUCCCAACGUUCGCCAUGCCCCAUCUUCUGGUCUCAGCCCCUUCCUUGGCAGGUGCAGCCCCCUAAGUAAGUGGGAAACACUCCAAGGCCCAAGUCCUGUGAGGGCCAGAGAAAUAAAGGUACCUCAGUGU